AUGAUGCGCCGUACUUUUUUCACUCUGGCAGGCCUAGACAAGGUUAUGUCUCUUUCCAAGGCUGUGGACGAUAUUAAGAGUGGAGCCAGUCUCGCUGUUGGUGGCUUUGGCACCUCCGGCAUGCCGCACGCCGUACUGAAGGAGAUCAAGGCCCGCGGUGUGCGUGAUCUCAGCAUUUACAGUGAUGGUGCGGGUGUGGACGGCUACGGUAUUGGUGUUCUCUUCGAGGACAAGCAGAUCCGCAAGAUGAUUGUCAGUUACGUCGGUAACAACAAGAUCUUCACCAAGCAGUACUUGGCGGGUGAUGUGGAACUCGAGUUCUGCCCGCAGGGUUCUCUCGCCGAGCGUAUGCGGGCCGGCGGUGCGGGCAUUCCCGCCUUUUACACCGCCACCGGCUUCGGCACACUCGCGCAGACGGGCGGUCAAAUCACAAAGUACAACGCCGAUGGCUCCGCCGCCAGUGAAUCGCAGCCAAAGGAGACACGAUUGAUUGAUGGUCGCUGGUAUGUGCUCGAGCGGGCCAUUCGCACCGAGUUCUCACUUGUGAAGGCGUGGAAGGCAGACCGCAGCGGAAAUCUCGUCUUCCGCGGAACUGCACGGAACUUCAAUGUUCCCGUUGGACAGUGCGGUCGCGUUGUGAUUGCAGAGGCGGAGAAUCUUGUGGAGAAUGGCGAACUCGACCCGAAUGAGGUGCAUCUCCCAAGCGUCUACGUGGAUCGUGUGGUGGUGCCAGAGCGCUACCAGACACUUAUUGAGAAGCGCACCAUCACUCCAAAGGGCGGUGUGGCGAAGAUUGCGGCCGCCACAACACCGGAAGAACAGGCACGUCAACGUAUUGCUCGCCGCGCGGCACUUGAGUUUGCGGAUGGCAUGUAUGUGAAUCUUGGUAUUGGUAUCCCAACCGAGUCGGCGAACUACAUCCCACAGGGUGUGAAUGUCGUCCUGCAGUCGGAGAAUGGACUUAUUGGUAUGGGUCCAUUCCCAGAGGAGGAUAAGGUGGAUGCGGACUGGAUUAACGCCGGCAAGCAGACCAUCUCGUAUCUCCCGGGUGCUGCGCUCUUCGACAGCGCCACCUCAUUCGCUAUGAUCCGCGGUGGACACAUGAACAUCACCAUGUUGGGCGCCCUUGAGGUUGGCGCCAAUGGCGAUCUCGCCAACUUUAUGAUUCCCGGCAAACUGGUGAAGGGCCCUGGUGGGGCGAUGGAUCUCGUCUCCAGCGGCACACGUGUGGUCGUCACUACAAUGCACUGCAAUAAGAAGGGUACAUCGAAGAUUGUCGAACGCUGUCAACUCCCCGUAACCGGCAAGGGUUGUGUCAAUCGCAUUAUCACUGAACACGCCGUGUUUGAUGUGGAGAAGGGACAACUGGUGCUGAAGGAAGUGGCAGAGGGCACAACAGUCGAGCAGGUGCGCAAGAUGACGGCCGCCAGCUUCAUUGCCGGUGAUGUGAAGACAAUGCCAUUGGCUCCACUUCCGGAAGCUUGA